UGUUUUAACCCAGAUUACAAUAAUCAGUGUGAUUUUGUUUUUAACUGUUUAGUUUUAAUAUGUUAUUUAACUGGGCUGUAGGUGUGUGUAAUGAUUAUCUAUGAAGUUCGAGUCAGGGUUUUAAGUUAGCUAGCGAAUUCUAACAACAGCUGAUAUUCAGAUAUGUUAAGAAAUAAGUCCGCUAACGUUAACUUUAAAUUCGGCUAAUGCUACGUUUUUGUAUGUAUGGCUGAAGGUGAGGUACGUUCCAUGAGCUGGAUAGGAAGCAGGUCCAUCAUCUGUUUGGUCCGGGUAGCUAUUUUACCGGAUGAAAUCAUAUUUCUAACUCCGUAUUACGACCCGUUAAAUUCGUUUGCCUAAAUGGGGAUUUUACCUGUUGUUACCCUUUUUCUCUUUUCUGCAACAAAACAGUCUUUUCUUACUGACCGCUCAGGGUGACAUUCUAACGGGAUAAAGUUUUUGGCACCGGUCACAAACUAUUUCCGUUGCGGGAAAUGUUGCCCUUUCACCCAGUUUUACUCUCCCAUAUUUUUGUUUGAUAUCCGUCUCCCAAACUAAAACUUUAUGUAGUUGGGAUGCCAGGAUCAGCAGCAAUCAAUUGCUUGGGAUCAUGGCCCAAAGAUGUGGGUAUCAUUGCAAUGGAACUGUACUUCCCGGCCCAGUAUGUAGACCAGGCUGAGCUGGAACAGUUUGACGGAGUGCCUGCUGGGAAAUACACGGUGGGCCUGGGCCAGGCUCGUAUGGGCUUCUGCUCUGACCGUGAAGACAUUAACUCUCUGUGCCUGACGGUGGUCCAGAGGCUGAUGGAGAGGAAUGGCCUGUCCUACGACAGCGUGGGUCGACUGGAGGUCGGCACUGAGACCAUUAUUGACAAGUCUAAGUCUGUCAAGACAGUCAUUAUGCAGCUGUUUGAGGACUCUGGUAAUACAGACGUGGAGGGCGUUGACACCACAAAUGCCUGCUAUGGUGGCACAGCUGCACUCUUCAAUGCUGUCAACUGGGUAGAGUCCAGCUCAUGGGAUGGGCGUUGUGCUUUGGUUGUAGCAGGGGACAUUGCUGUCUAUGCCACAGGAAGUGCACGGCCUACGGGGGGUGCUGGUGCAGUGGCCAUGCUGAUCGGCCCGAAUGCUCCUCUGGCCUUUGAACGAGGUCUGCGAGGAACCCACAUGCAGCAUGCAUACGACUUCUACAAGCCAGACAUGAUGUCAGAGUACCCUGUGGUGGAUGGCAAGCUUUCGAUAGAAUGCUACCUCAGUGCCUUGGACCGCUGCUACUCUGUGUAUCGCAACAAGAUCCAUGCACAAUGGCAAAGAGAGGGUUCAGAGAAGCGCUUCAGCCUGGAGGACUUUGACUAUCUAGUCUUUCACUCCCCAUACUGCAAGCUGGUGCAGAAGUCAUUGGCCAGACUCGUGCUGAAUGACUUUCUGAGCCACCCCAGCCCCAACACUGAGACUGGACCCUUCACAGGCCUCGACGCUUUCAGAGAUGUACAACCAGAAGAGACCUACUUUGACCGGGAUGUGGAGAAGGCCUUCAUGAAGGCCAGCGCAGAUAUGUUUGAGAGGAAGACCAGGCCAUCCCUGCUGAUCUCCAACCAGAAUGGAAACAUGUACACCCCAUCUGUCUAUGGCUGCCUGGCAUCACUCAUUGCACACCACGCCCCCUCACAGAUAGCAGGACAGAGGAUUGGAGUUUUCUCCUACGGCUCAGGAUUUGCUGCUAGUCUGUAUUCUCUCCGAGUAACACAGGACCACACACCCGGAUCUGGUCUGGACAAACUUGUGUCCAGUCUGAGUGACCUGAAGGUCAGACUGGACUCUAGGAAGAAGGUAUCACCUGCUGUCUUCUCUGAGAACAUGAAGCUGAGAGAGGAGACUCACCACUUGGCCAGCUACAUCCCCCGAAGCUCAGUGGAGGAUCUGUUUCCAGGAACAUGGUACCUGACACGGGUGGAUGAGAAACACCGCAGGGAAUAUGCCCGCACACCUCUGGACCACCACCGGCCUGCAGAGCCAGAACUUGUUCGCUCCAGCACUGCCACAGAACACAUCCCCAGUCCAGCCAAGAAAAUGCCUCGCAUCCCUACAGUCACCACCGGGCCUAAGGCUGCUGUCAGCAACUGAGAGCUCGGCUGACCUCUGAGAGGUAUCAUGCUCGAAUAACUAGACACUACUGGAGGUCAGAAGUGUCACCUCCCAAAUCGUUACAUGUUAAACUUGAUUAGGUCGGAGCAGUGUGUCAAAGUGUUACGUGGACAGCUUGUACCCUUCCCAUCAUCCCUGUGCUCCAUUUUUCAUACUGUUGUACAGUAAACUCUGUAUUUGACUACAGAGUGUUUUCAUUACGGUAAUCUUAUGUUUUAGCGGUCCUUUAUUUCAGAGUUUACAUUUUUACAUAGUUUUACAUUUGUACAAAAUGGACAGUUGUACAGUAUAUUUGAGAAGAGCGCAGGCAGACUUGAGUUGAACGAGCCGACUUCCCUCUGGCAGCUGGCAGCCAGUGACGGGAAGGCAAGGGACAAAGUUAAUGGGGCUUCAGGCCUGCACCUGAUUGAGAGCAAAGGGAAGUGGGCCUCAACUGUGUUUAUGUAUCAAAAUAGUGCUGUUGUUGCCGCCAUGGUAACCCAGCGUGAGACGGAGCUCGUAGCCUCUCUCUCUGUGUUCAGUACCUCAGUUUUCUAUGAAGGGAUGUAGUAAGUCUUCUACAGGACUCUGCGGGUUCAUGUGUGAACCUGUGACCAUGCAUCAGGAACAAAUAGGCUGGAACUGCCGUUGACUGCUGGAGCUGAGACCACGUUGUAGGAACUGUUCAUCCACACACAAGAUCUGUGAUGCCCCUCAGACAGAAGACCAAGAGAUUCAUGUUAAACUACAGCUUUUCAGGGUAAUAAUUAUGUUUGGACUUGAGUCACAUUUUUAAAGUCAGCACCCACUGGGAAACAUAACAGCCCUUCACUGAGAUGUGGGGCUGUCAUAAUGCUUGAGAAGUCGGCCCAACUGGUGUUUACACUGCAGAUAUCCACAUGUGUUCUAAGUACAAAAAGGCUCCAUUCACAAUCCAGCAAACUAAAAUUAAACCAGGCUAAUGCAGUGGUUGUGCUAUACCUCAUCCUUUCACCCAACUUCAUGUGAGCAGUGUUGUGUGAAGCUGUUGGCUUGUACUGUUAUACUGGAGGUGUAAUUGAUAUAAAUGACAGUAAGACUAAAUACUAACACCUCUAAGUAAUGCAAAAUGACCAUGAUGUUGAAUCGCCACCUCUGUGAAACAGUGCAGAGUGAACCUUAGGGAAGAGACACACCAAGCCAAUGGUCGGUUGCCGUCAGUGAGCGUCUGUCAGGGAUCACCUUCCUGGUGUGUCCUGCACUGUUGGUGCUAAUCGGCCUCUGGCGGUGGCUUUUCAGAUGAUUCGACGUGUUGGUGGCUAGGUCUCAUCAGUGAGAGAGAGAGAGAGAGAGCUUAGCAAAUCAAUGCAUGAGAAGAGAACUGUUUGGGAAAGCCCCUUCAGCC